UAUUGAGUAUUUUUAAAAUAUAAUUAAUUGAUGCAUAUUAAUUCGAAUGUAUUUUAAAAGAGAAAUCAUUUAGUGAAAUAAUAAAUUGUACAAUCAUUGUAAACUGGAGCAAAAUUGCUGGUAGAAAAUGUGAACACAUGAGAAAAAAAGACUAUAAUAUUUUAACCAUUUUUAAACUAUUUAUUACAAUUAUUUUACUAAGAAAAUAUCAGAUUAAUGAAUAAAAGAAAAAGACGUCCUACUCGUCCUAGAAUAUUGGGGUUGAGUGCAGCCACUAUUAUAAGUAAUUUAAUAUACACUUGUAAGCAAUGACUAACCAUUACUAACGAAAAAGCGAUUCUAAAUGGAGUUCAGUUGCUUUGUCAACAACAUAUAUGUUAUAUUAUGGUAAAAUUUCAAUUAAUCAAAUUCCAAACUUAAAAUUAAAUAUAAUAUUUAUUUAAUUUAUCAAUUUUCCAGCUUUUCCUACAUUUUUCCCGUUUUUCUUACUUUUUUUAUUCAGUUUUUCACAUUUGUUGUGAAAACUCUGAAGAAAAUUGAAAAAGUACCUCCCCACAUCGAUUUCCUUUCAAAAAUGGUGCUGCACAUAAAAAUUGGAGCAAGAUCUUUAGUAGAAAAGUUGUCCAAAGAUAAAAAAUAAACAUUUUUGUCAAACCAUGAGCUCCAUUCAGAAUCUAAAAAACCUUUAUACUUUUUUUUGUUAGUUGUCAACGGCUUGAAUUCAAAAAAAGACGAUACUGUUAGAACGGUUGAGUCUGCUAAACUAUUCAAAAACAAAAUAAAUGCUAUCUUUGACACGUUAAAUGAUUGGAAUCUUCAAACCAAGGUUAAUAUUAUAUUAUUUACUUUUAAAAAUUAAAAUUUUAGAAAAAAAUUCAGCGAAUUACGUUGCAGUCGAUUUAUUAAUAUUAUGUGGAUUAUAUUUUUUUAAAUGUUAUAUCUUAAUUAGAGUGAUGAAAUUAAAUUUUUGAUACACCUAAUAAGUGUUUACCAUGGUUAGCUAAUCAUAUUGUCAGACAAACUUAAUGCUAGCCCUGAUGUUCGUAGGACAUAAUUUUUUUUUUUUUAGUUUGUAUUUUUAAAGAAUAUAUUCAUAGGAAAUUAAAUAAUGUUACCCAGUUGUUAACUAUGUGAAGUAUUUUUUUGGUUUUUGUAGUUUUUUGCCUAUACUAUAAUUAUAUCAAAUUUAAAGUUUAAAAGACGGACACACUUCGCACGUGGUUGUAGUAGCUGUUGUAGGUGGGAAGUUAGGAAGUUAAGAUACAGAAGGAAAUUGAAUGUACUUAUAUCUGUAAGCAACAAUAAACCAUUGCUAACGAAAAACGAUUCUGAGCGGAAUUCAGUUGAUAGUGUUGCUUUGUCAACAAUAUAUACGUCAUAUUAUGGUAAAAUAAUUAAAUAGGCAUUAUAUAUUUUCUUUAAUAUUGUACUGAUUUUCUCGUUUUUCCUAUGUUUUUCCCAGUUUUUUAAAUUUAUUGGAAAAACACCCGGUUAAUUGUUGCUUACAGAUAUACAUUAAAUUACUUAUAAUAGUGGCUUUACCCGUUCCUAUUACUCUCGGAAAGCCUUUUUUCUAUUGCAACAAUAUUUCUGGUAGAAAACAUAGUGAAUUAGCAUCGUAAAUGUAUUAGUUUUCAUUUUACUAAAUAUUAUGAAAACUACUUGGAAAAUCAAAAAAACAACUUACUUCGUGAGUAACUAGAUCCAUAAUUAAACAAAAAAAGUUUGUUGUCAUUUUUCUACUAGAUCAAAAUAUCUGGUAGAAAGUAGUGGUGGGAGUCGGUAUAGAUGGAACCAUCGUGAUAUGAUUUCAAGUGGUAUACUAACAUAUUGGCCUUGCCUAUAGAGUAGCUCUGCUGAGAUAGUAACCGUACUAAUAUGAUAGAGCAUAGAAUGAAUAAUUACUCAAAUAGUCUAAGGCCGUGCUGCAUAGUCUGUACAUUAACAUUGAAGAUAUCUGUAUCAAUGGGUCUGUGGUGUAAAAUUGAUAAAUUAUGAAUGAUAGUUAUAGAAGACAUGCAUUUUGUUCUGAUACCACUAUUACCUUUCGCUAGCAGUAUUUGAUUUGAAAGUUCAGGGGUUAAAUUUGUUUUAAUAAAUAAAUAAAUAAAUUACCUUAUUAGCCAUUUUUAAAUUUUGAGAACCACUGAGCUAUCUUAUCAUUAUCAGAAAAUUAUACGUAAACAAAAUACUAAAUAGUCUUUUUUCUGUGGUCUUCAUUCUUUAGUUAAUUACUGAACCUAAACGUAAUACUUGUUAAUUUAUAAAAUAACUCAGUAGCUAAUUGCUAUACUCUUAGAUUUUUCGUUAAAAAAAAAGGAAGAUAAAUAGGUACUAAUUUAAAAAAUGUUGGAUUCUCAAGAUGCUAAUCGACCAGAGUUACUCGAGGAAGUAAAGUUGUAUCGUAAUGCCCGUGAACGGGAAAAGUAUGAUAAUAUGGCCGACUUCUAUGCUCUUGUCAAUACUCUUCAACAUUUGGAAAAAGCAUAUAUACGCGAUUGUGUGACUCCCAAAGAAUAUACUGCCGCAUGUUCGAAGCUUCUUGUUCAAUGCAAAGCUUCUUUCAAACAAAUACAAGGAGACGAUUUUCCAACAAUUGAAACAUUUGUCAAGAAAUAUAAAUUAGACUGUCCAGCAGCAAUAGAACGCAUCAAGGAAGACAGACCAAUUACUAUUAAGGAUGAUAAAGGCAAUACUAGUAAAUGUAUUGCAGAUAUUGUGUCUUUGUUCAUAACUAUCAUGGAUAAACUUAGGUUAGUAUCAACAAUUUAAGUAAAUAAAAUGUUAAAAUGUUUCGUUUGUUAAUUAGUUAUGUAUAAAUCAUUAAUUUUCAAAAAUAUUUCUUAAUCAUUAAAAUGAUAAUUUGCUAUAUUUGGUCAUAUGCUAUUGCCUAAUUUCGGUCACCAAAAAUGUUGACUUGAUGAAUAUAACUUUUAUCAUUAAUGAUUAAUGAUUUAAUAUCUGAACAUAUGUUGGUAUAUCUGUCUACUUUAUAGUUACAUAGACUAAAUGAGCAGCUGAAAAUUAUAUUUUGAACUCAACUGCCUAUUCUUUUAUCUCCAUUGUAUUUUAGUAUUCAUUUCAUGUAAAAUCUGCUUAUUGAAUAUUGUGUUUACUAUUGCCAGAUCUACAAAUUAUGGUACCAGGGACAAAACAUACAAUUAGUACCUACCCCUAUUAGUUACAGAAAAAAAAAAAAAAGCCGAUACCAGGGAUGGGUGUGGCCACUGUUGUAUAGGUGGGUAGUAGAGAAGAUGGGAUACAUAAAGUUAUUUAAUUUAUACCUGUAACCUACAAUAAACUAUUGAUAACGAAAACCCAUUCACAGCGAAGUUUGAUUAUGCGAAUAAACCGUAAUAUUUAAGAUUUUCGUCAAAAUUGAUUUUCAUAUUAAAAAAAAAAAAUACAUUAAACUAGUUUUUUUUUUUUGAACAUUAAGUCAACUUAUAAUGAACUUCCUAUCAAAUUUUCAAGCAUUUCUGUCUGUCUGACAAUUUAUUUACAGAAUACCUAAUAAAUUCUAUAUUUAGUAUUUUUUGGUCAACUUCACUAUCAGUGGUGAAAUAUUAAAAGAAACAAAAUUAAUCUCUUUUCAUUUUUGGAUUGGAGCAAUAUAUUGUAGAAAACAUAAUAAAAACAUUAAUGCCGUACAUAUUUGCCGUUUUACCUAUAAUUUUUUUUUUCGGGUUUUUCCCAAUUAUUUCAAAAAUCUUUUGGAAAAUUGAAAAAUUAUGCUAAAAUUUGGUAGAAAAGUUAUUCGAACAGAAAAAAAAUCUACGUUUCUAAGUAUAAUUUAUAAUUGAGUAUACAAUUUAAAUCCAAUAGACGUUUGUAUAACCAAACAAAUAUUAAGAGGAGCUAGACCCUCAAAGCCCCACUAUGUUUAUUUCAAAGAUCUUUGAAUUUUUACUUGUUAUAUAGUUAUUUACCGAGCAUUUUUCUUGAUGUUAUUAGUUAUUUAGUUUUAGUACUUAUAUAUCAAUAUAAGUACUAAUAUAUUAGUACACAUAUAAUUACGCAUAUAUUUUAAACUAUAGGUUGGAUAUUAAAGCUAUGGAUGAAUUGCAACCGGAUCUUCGUGAUUUGAUGGAUACUAUGAACAGGCUUAGCAUAUUACCAGCUGACUUUGAAGGCAAACAAAAAGUAUCUGAUUGGUUAAGUUCAUUAUCUUCUAUGAAUGCUUCUGAUGAAUUAAAUGAAGCUCAAGUGAGGCAAUUGAUUUUUGAACUUGAAUCAUCUUACAAUGCAUUCAAUAAGUUGCUUCAUCAGUCAACUUAAUCAUGAUUAUUGAUAAUUUAACAUAAUGCAACUAUUAAAUACAUGUACAUUAAAGUAAAAUGUACGAGAAUAUUGUUUUAAAAAUGUAUUAAAUAAUUUAAUUUAUAAGAAUACAAAUUAUAAUAAAUUGAAUAUAAUUAUAUAUGAUAUUAGAAAAGACAUUUUUAUGAAUAUUAUAAUAGUUCACAAUGUUUAUGUAUAUAUAUUAUAUAUAUAUAUAAAAAAAAAGGAAAAAAUCAUUGCUAAUUUAUUUAGUAACAAUAAAAAAAAACAUCUUAUUAUUUAAAAUUUCACUAAAAAUUACUGAUCAAGUUGUUGAGACUCGUCAUUUUGCUCAGCUUCUGAAGCUGCCGGAGGAGGAGGUGAGGCUACAGCUCCAUCAUCUCGUUCAAAACCAGGAAACCUGUAGAUAUCUUGAUAUUGGAUAUUUUGAUCCAUAGAUAUAAAGCAACUCAAUGGGUUAGCAGCAGCAUCUAAUUCUAAAACUGGAUCAGCAGUUGCUUCAGCUAAAUUUGUUACAGACUUAGAUUUCAAACACUAGAAAAUAAAGAGACCAUUAAUUAAUAAAUUGUUAAUCCAAUGAUAUUUUAAGGGAAUGUUAUUCCAACGAGAAAUGUUCAUAAACUUUGUUAUGUAUAACAGCCAAUAGUAGAUUUUAUUUUAAACAAAAUUAAUAUUGUGUAUACUUUUAUUAUUUAUAAAUAUUACAAUAAUAAACUUCAGACAAAAAUAUUGAAGAAAAAAAAAAAGAUCGAUUGAUAAUCCACUGUUGUAAGUGAGAAGUUGGGAAGAACAUAUAUAGGGAAAUUUAAUUUACAUCUGUAUGCAACAAUAAAAUAAUUCGGAGAGAAGUUUUAAGACUUGUACUUACAUUUUCAUGUUUUUUCAAUUAUGACAACUUUUUGGAAAAUCAAAAAAUGACCACUUCAAAGUAUCACGUAAAUAUUAACUUUCAGGAAAGGUAUUAUAUUAUAAUAUAUUAAGAAAUCAGAGCAACAUUUUUAGUAGAAAGAUUGUUUACAGAUUAAAAAAAACAUCAUUGUAAAACCAAUACAUUCAUCACUACGCUCUCAAUCUAAAGUGGUAUAUUAUAAAUUUUAUUUUAUUUCUUAUUUCAAUUUGUUAAUUAUUUGUGCUCUUAUUUUGAACUAAAACUUAUUGUUAUUCGAAUACAAGAAAUUUUGUUUUAUUUUCUAUUGGAAGGAUAUAGAUACUUAGAGUAUUGUAUUAAAUUAAAGUAUUUAAUUAAUGUUCCGAAUUAAUAAACAAAUAGUUUACUUGGAAAUCGACAUGACGACUCUUUGCUUCUUCUUUUUCCCAUGACAUAUGAAUAAAUGGUCUUUGAACAUAAUUGUAUAUAACAUCUGCUCGACCUCCAGCCCUUUUUUUAAUUUUUUCUUUAUAUGUAGGAUAACCUUCAAUGCCUAGACGAAUCUUUUUAAGACCACGUUCUUUCAUAACUUGUUUGGCCACAUCUCUGUUUUCAAUAUAUUUGAAGAAUCUAUAUAAGGCAGUACUGUUAACAGCUA